GUCACCGUUGCCACGGCAACGGCACGCGCACGUGACCCCUAUCGUCACCUGCACGUGGAACGCCGUUCUUGGCCAUCCUCCACCGCAGCUGCGCAUCUCGGUAACCGUCAUUUGGGCGAGGGUGACAGACGACAGAAAUCUUUGCGUCGUUCGUCCUCAGUGAGCGUCGUCUGCGAAGAAAACAUGGCGGAGCUCUACGCAUUUUUCGAGGAUGUUGGCGUGCGUGAGGACGAAAUAACACGCGUAUUUCGUUCUAACAGUGACGCAUUCACUGUCCUGUCAGACGAUGCGUUCAUCAGGCACUUCCGGCUUUCUAAAGAAGCAGAUCGAGAAGUCUGCGAUGCCGUCAGGGAAGACUUGAAACGACCGCAGCAGUGGCGAUCCACCACGCUUACCGUCGAACAAAGGGUGCUCAUGGCACUGCGUUUCUACGGGACCGGGGCCUUUCUUGGUAAUAUAGCUCAUGAAGAAUAUUUCACCACGACCAAGGGCCCUGUCUCGGAGUCUCUACACGCCGUCAGCCUGGCUGUGAUAAAACAUCUCGCACCCAAGUACCUGCGCUUCCCACAAACACCGGAGGAGAAGCUGGCCGUGAAACGUGGGUUCUACGACGUUGCAGGCCUGCCUGGAUGCCUUGGUGCAGUCGACGGCACAGCGGUCGCAAUCAUAGCACCCAGCACCAAGGAUCCACGUUUCACUGAUGGCAAUUAUUACAGCCACAAGGGGUACCAUGCACUGAACGUGCUGGGGAUUUGCGAUGCUAAUCGCAGAAUCCUCCGCCUAAAUGCACGCUAUCCGGGGAGCUGUCACGACGCUGCUGUCUGGUCAAUGUGCAGGAUACGGCAGAGGGCUUCAGUCCUGUUCGACCAAGGGGGGUGGCUGCUGGGAGAUCUUGGCUACCCCCUUGAGCCAUGGUUGAUGACUCCAUUCCGGGCUCCGGCAUCAGACAAAGAAGUGGCAUAUAAUGCAGCUCACAGCAGGACUAGGGUUCGAAUCGAGCAAUGCUUCGGAGUGCUGAAAAUGCGAUUCCGGUGCCUGCAAAGGUACCGCACCCUUCACUUUGCACCAGACAGAGCCUGCAAUAUCAUCACUGCUUGUGCUGUGCUACACAAUAUGUGCAUUUCAUACCAUUUGCCUGAGCCUGCAGAGGAGCCUGAACCGGCAGCUACAGAACAUGACAGUGCCACAGUUACAGUGACUGAGGACGAACCCAGCGAGGAGGGUGAACCCAUCAGUCGAAAUGACUCCUUCAUAUCACAGGCAAUGCGCGUACGUGAGACAAUUGUCAACAGGUACUUCUAGCAGCCUGUCAAGAAAUGUAUAUACAUCAUCACAACUGCUUUGUCGUUUGUGCAUCACCUUUAAUUGUUAGUGUAUGCUUUGAGAGCAGUAAGUCUUUUUUCACACUUUACAGCCUCUCCAUUUUCGUUUGAUUUUUGCAACUAUGGUUGUCACAAAACGUUAGAAAGCCGUCUGUUUGUUUCGCUAACAUGCCGUUC